GUCUAGGCUGCUCGCCGCUGUCGCUCCCGGGCUGCGGGAUGACACCGCCUCCGCCCGGAUGCGCCUCCCUUGGCGCCCAGCACGCCCGCGUCCCCGGUCCGCUGGCUCGGUCCCGGCUCCCGCUGCGGCUGCUGCUGCUGCUGUGGACGGCCGCCGCCACCCAAGGCCACCCCAAGAACGGACCCCGCAUCUCCGCCGUCUGGAAAGGCCGCGCAGGACAGGACUGGGUUGACUUCGGCCUGGCAGAGCCUCACACGGUGCUUUUCCAUGAGCCCGGCAGCUCCUCCGUGUGGGUGGGUGGACGUGGCAAGGUCUAUCUCUUCGACUUCCCUGAGGGCAAGAAUGCCUCCGUGCGCACGGUGAACAUUGGCUCCGCGAAGGGGUCCUGCCUGGACAAGCGGGACUGUGAGAACUACAUCACGCUUUUGGAGAGGCAGGGUGAGGGGCUGCUCAUCUGCGGCACCAAUGCUCGGCGCCCCAGCUGCUGGAGCCUGGUGAAUGGCACCGUGGAGUCGCUUGGCGAGAGGAGAGGUUAUGCCCCCUUCAGCCCGGAUGAGAACUCGCUGGUUCUGUUUGACGGGGACGAGGUGUACUCCACAAUCCGGAAGCAGGAAUACAACGGGAAGAUCCCCCGGUUCCGCCGCAUCCAGGGCGAGAUCGAGCUGUACACCAGUGAUACCGUCAUGCAGAACCCCCAGUUCAUCAAGGCUACCAUUGUGCACCAAGACCAGGCCUAUGAUGACAAGAUCUACUACUUCUUCCGGGAGGACAAUCCUGACAAGAACCCCGAGGCCCCUCUCAACGUGUCCCGCGUGGCCCAGCUGUGCAGGGGGGACCAGGGUGGCGAGAGCUCCCUGUCGGUGUCCAAGUGGAACACCUUCCUGAAGGCCAUGCUGGUGUGCAGCGACGUGGCCUCGAACAAGAACUUCAACAGGCUGCAGGACGUCUUUCUGCUCCCCGACCCCAACGGCCAGUGGAGGGACACUCGAGUCUAUGGCGUGUUCUCCAACCCUUGGAACUACUCGGCUGUCUGUGUGUACUCACUUGGGGACAUUGACAAGGUCUUCCGUACUUCCUCACUCAAGGGCUACCAUACGAGCCUUCCCAACCCUCGGCCUGGCAAGUGUCUCCCAGACCGGCAGCCCAUCCCCACGGAGACCUUCCAGGUGGCUGACAGUCACCCUGAGGUGGCACAGAGGGUGGAGCCCAUGGGGCCUUCGAAGACGCCACUGUUCCACUCGAAGUACCACUACCAGAAAGUGGUUGUCCACCGCAUGCAGGCCAGCCGUGGGGAGACCUUCCAUGUGCUUUACCUAACGACAGACAGGGGCGUCAUCCACAAGGUGGUGGAGUCGGAGGAGGGGGAACGCAGCCUUGUCUUCAACAUCAUGGAGAUCCAGCCCUUUCACCACCCGGCCACCAUCCAGGCCAUGUCGCUGGACACGGAGCGGCGGAAGCUGUAUGUGAGCUCCCAGUGGGAGGUGAGCCAGGUGCCCCUGGACCUGUGUGAGGUCUAUGGCGGGGGCUGCCACGGCUGCCUCAUGGCCCGAGACCCCUACUGCGGCUGGGACCAGGGCCGCUGUGUCUCCAUCUACAGCUCCCAAGGACCAGUGCUGCAGUCCAUUAAUCCAGAAGAGCCACACACGGAGUGCCCCAAUCCCAAACCAGACAAAGCCCCACUGCAGAAGGUCUCCCUUGCUCGGAACUCUCGUUACUACCUGAGCUGCCCCAUGGAGUCCCGUCACGCCACCUACUCAUGGCGCCACGAGGAGAAUGUGGAGCAGAGCUGCGAGCCGGGCCACCAGAGCCCCAACUGCAUCCUGUUCAUCGAGAACCUCACAGCCCGUCAGUAUGGCCACUACCGCUGCGAGGCCCAGGAGGGCUCCUACUUCCGCGAGGCUCAGCACUGGGAGCUACUGCCCGAGGACGGCGCCACCGCCGAGCACUUGCUGGGCUGCGCCCGGGCCCUGGCCACCUCCCUCUGGCUGGGCGUCCUGCCCACGCUCGCUCUCGGCCUGCUGGUCCACUAGGGCCUCCUGCAGCUGGGCAUGGCGCGGGGUCCUGCGGCCUCAGGGGCACCGGGACAGUCUCCUACCUGGAGCCGGCUGGGCCCGGCGAGCUCCUUGCCCGCUGCCCCUUCCAGGGGGCCUGCAUAACCCGAUGAAGGACACCAGGCCUGGAGACGGCCAGCCGCGGGCGGCUGCUGGGCCCAUGUGGGGCACGGGGGCUGGGGGCCGCGGGAGGAAGGCGCUGCUGUGAAGCUGGGCACUGAUGACUUCAGACUUGAUCUUCUGGAGACUACUUUUCGAACACCCCUCCACAAACUUGACUAAAUGCAGUGAUGUUCCCAGCCCAAGAGCCCAUGGGCCAGAGAAUGGGGUUUGGGGAGGGAAGGUGGGACCCCGGCUUUGGAGCUUGGGGCCAAGGCCUGAGUCCUUCCGGACUCCCCAUACCCCAGCUGCCCCCUCCCCCUCCUUCCUGCCGUGGCCGUGGCAGGGGGUGGCUGUGGCCGUGGCCGGAGGUGGCCGCUGUUCCUUUAGGCCCUGGGCUGCCUUCUGCGACUCCCUCACCAGCCUUGGGACCCAGCAGGCGGCGGCCUUGCAUGUUUAUUGAAGGAUGUUUGCUUUCCGGACGGAAGGACGGAAAAAGCUCUAUUUUUAUGUUAGGCUUAUUUCAUGUAUAGCUAAUUCUGACUGCAUCUGUAUGAAAAUACCAA